AUGGCCCAGGGAAGAGGUAGUGCAAUUGUUGCCACAGCUGUGCUAUUAGGUAUGCUCCUAAUUCACUGUGAGAACGUUUGGGCAGCUACCUUUACUGUUGGAGAUGCAGGCGGUUGGACCUUCGGUGUUGAUAAUUGGCCUAAUGCAAAGACCUUCGUGGCUGGUGAUGUUCUGGUGUUCAACUACAGCUCGGCAGACCACAAUGUGGUGGUUGUAGACAAACAAGGUUAUGAAACAUGCAAGGCAGCUGAAGGUUCUCAACAAUUUCAGAGUGGAAGCGAUCAGAUCACGCUGGUGAAGGGACAAAACUACUUCAUCUGCACUUUUCCUGGGCAUUGUGAAUCCAAAAUGAAAAUAACUGUCAACGCAUCGUAA